AUGGCUAGACCAAUCCCGGACAUCAAUUUACGCGACAUCUCAAAGCACGAGGACAUCAAGCCCCGGGAAAGCAGAUCCUACUUCGACCUGACCUUAGACAGAAUCACAAAUAACAGAUCCAGCAGGAACCUCGUCUUUGGGACGUUAAGCGGAUGGGUGGCCGGGGUUUCGGUCAUCAGAGUGGGAAAAGUAGCAGCCUUUGGGCUAGGAGGAGGCGUGAUUCUGCUGCAUUUCGCCACUAGACCGAGCAUCCCGGUCGCAGCACUGACGACGCCCGUGCCGGAGCCGGAGCGACCGCCCCUGCCCGCAGAGCCCGUCAUCCCCGUCCCCAAACCAACAGAACCCUUCAAAGUUUCAACAGAACCAUUUAAAGUUUCAACAGAACCCUUCAAAGUUUCAACAGAACCCUUUAAAGUUUCAUCAGAACCUUUCAAAGUUUCAGAAGAGCCCAACAUUUUUCUCGAAAAACCAUCUUUUUUACCCGCACCGAAACCAAUACUGCAUUCCCCAAAAAUAUCACCGUCCUCGAUCCCGAAUCCUAGUCCCAGCGUGACGACCACCAGCAAGCCGGUGGAGCCUUACCCUAACUUUGGAAGCUACCUCUACAACAUCCCGGGGUAUUCCGCCUUCCAGCCAGUGUCCUAUCCUGGCAUUGUCCAGCCCAAUCAGGCACCAUUACAGCUGACACCACCUGAACCACCACCAACUGACUUCGUGCCAUUCCCCACAAUAGCAGCCAAGGAAGCACCACCACCACCAUCAAUCGAGGAAAAAAACACAGUGGAAGUUAAACCCGCUAAUGAACCUCCAAGGAUUCCAACACCAGUAAAAACACCGAAGGCUCAGACUGAUUUCGAAGACCAUUUCACUCCUGAAAUCAUCCCAGCUUCGUCCAUGUCAAUAGAUACUGGUCAAUCUUCGGAGUGCAAGAUGAGCAUAACAUCUCUAACGCAAGGAUCAGGGGCUACGGUGACGAUUCCUUCACAAGUUACGAGCAAAGAAUCUAAAAUUAAACCAGCUGAAAGGUUUAGUUUGAAAACUAGCAUUCCUAUCAGCAAAAUCGAUUUGAAAUGUGUCAGCACACCUUCAGAUACAGUAUUACAAAAUCCUAUAACCAAAAAAAUGGCUGCGAGUCAACAGUAUCAUAGUCAAAAGUCUGACAAUGGACCAAGAGUUGAAAUUCAAAGUAACAUAGUCAUUAAAUCGGCAAAAGAGCCUGAACCAGUAGAGCCGAAACCUCCUAAUAACAGUAUAAGUACGUUGAUCAAUGCGGCGGAGGCUAUACAUAAAUCCGAAAUUCAAUUUCGGAAGCCUGAUAUAAAUCCUAUUGAUAUGACAAAUGAAGCGAAAGACACCUCUCCGCAGUUUACACCUCAACCCACCAACCUGAUGACGAGGCCAAUAUUUAAUCCUGUCAACGUUGACAGUAAUAAGGUAAACUAUUCAAAUAAACCACCAGACUUAUCGUUCAACGAACAGAAGAAUCAAAUUGUGUUCAUACAAAAUAAGAAUCCUACAAAUCCAAAGAUGCUGUUAACGAUACAGCAACCGAACCCUCAGGUUUUACUACAGAGAACUAAUUUCGAGUCAAAAAACCUGCAAGCUCCUUCACGAUUGUCAAGCCAAAGUAAGAAGUGCAAAGAAGAGCUCGUCAGCGAAAAUGGAUCGUCUUCGAAGGUCGUAGCCCUGAAGAGACUCCAUCAGGAGAACUGUGACGAGAAUGACUUUGAGAACUUGAUUACCGAAAAUCAAAUUUACGGUAACAAGAUAGUCGUGAAGGAGAAAUUGCAGGGAACACAGCAGGAGCAAGAUUUGAAAAAUAAAGUAAGAUUAGAAAAACCUAUUCAAAAUGAGACCAAAAAUGUAGUUCUACAACCUGUUGUGCAACAAAAUUUUGUAUAUUUGAGCAACGUCCAGUUUCCAACAAACUUGAUGAUGAUAAAGAGUAACAACACUAAAGUCUCACAAGGAACUGAUACUAACACUACGAGUAUCAAACCAAACAAGAUCUCGCCCAAUGAAAAUAAAAAUAUCGAAUUCAUCCAACCAGCAAAGAAAAGUAUUAAUAAUGCAAAUAAUAAAGUAAAAUCAGUCAAACCUCAAAAUGCUGCAGUUAACAAAGAUACUCACGUAUUAAAAUCCAGUAACAAUAUUACGCAGACUCCAAUAUCAAAUAAAAAUACUAAAUCAGACAUUACAAUAAUUGAAACCAACAAUCAAAAUAUUAAUUUGAAUCCACAAUUAAUAUACGAUUUGCCAGUGAUAGUAGAUGCUGAUAUUCAAUUGGAUCAACCUAACUACGAUAUUCAAAUAGAAACCGAAUUUCCUAAGUUUGUCGCUAAUCAAAAUAUGAAUGAAUUGGUUCAGACCGUCGAGGCACCAGAGUCAAGUGAUAAACUGUUUAUCGCUUGCCCGUACCAGAUGGAUUCGAAUUUACAACCAACUAUAGUGAUCACAAACGUGCGGCCUCCGACAGAAACUGUAAGCGUUAAGGUAGACGAAGUAAGUUCUUUAGAUAUUUACGAAAAACGUAGACGGUUGAGGCGACUGAAAUAUUUAAGCAAUAGAGAAACAAAUAAAGAACAAAAGACUGAUGAAAAAGAUAAAGAAAAAGAAAAAAAGAAAGUACAAGAAAAAACUGAGAAAAGCAAUAUUAUAACGGCAAAAACAAUGAAAGCUGAAAUUUACAAGGAGCUAAAAGCCAAAGCGUGUUUAGAAGAAGAAAACAACGAAAGCGACAGUGAAUACGGGGAAGAGGAAUUAAUGGAGUAUAAUGAAAUCAUAAUAAAGUAUGGCAAACGGAAGAAAGAAGAUAAAAUUGGCAGUGGAAAACUGGCAUUUUUAUCUGGUUUUCGACUAGCCUCAAAAGAAGCGUACAAAGAAAAACAGAUGGACAAACAAGAACGUAUGCUGCGGCGGGACUCAGUAGCAUCGGCGUACAUAGCAGCUGGUCGGAUAGACCGGCUAACGCACGAAAGCAAGAGCUCCGAGAGCCAACCAGAGUUCGCGAAGCCAGCCCCCCCUCCUUCGAAGACGCAAGGCCCUGAAGUCGUGGAAAACCCGGAGGAGAAGUACAAGAAAAAUUGGUUCCUGUCACAGCUGAGGCUGAUGACCGUGCCUUCGCAUUAUAAGGAAAGAUACGAACGAGUGUGGCACGAGAUUCUGAAAGAGAGGAAACGACGAGAUAGACCCACCGAGGAUCCAUCUGCUGAAGAUGCAGAAGUAUUUAAAAAACCGCGGCCAGUAGACUUAGACCCAAACGGACAACUCCAAUUACUCACUGAAAUAAAGAAAUGCGUCAACGAGAACAACAACUUGAUCAAGAAGCGAUUAGAAGUCACUACUACAGAAAAAGAAGGAGAGAGCAUAAAAGUUCUAGCCGAUAAAAACUUUUCCGAGCUAAACAGGCUUUCCAAAAUGGCGGAUAGGAGCGUUAAAGUGUUUACUGGACAAGAGGCCAGGAAGAGAGAUCUCAACCCUGGCUUCGACAGCGAGAAUAUCCAAAUACCCCAGAUCAGAAUUAAGAGCAAAAAUUUUGUAGAUAUAAACAUACCUUGUAUAUCUAAGAUAGUGUCGUUAAAGUCAAGGCAGGAGAAAGACUUGGCGCAGUCAUCUCAGGCGACGUCUAUGGAUGAGCCGCAGAGUUCGGCGGCGGGAGCAACCGAGUCCAAAGAUGGGGAGGAACCAAAGACGAAGGACUUCAGCUGCCAGGCGGAGGAGCUCUGGCCGGGGCUGAAGAAACUCGUGAGGAACAUCAAGCAGUACGAAAUAGUGCGCAAGAAAGAGAUAGUGGACCUGCACCGGCGCAACACGGAACUGCGAGUGGAGAGCGCAUACGUCACGCGCAAUGCGUCACAUGACAACGACCAGGCGCGAGCGCUGCUCGCUGAGAGACAAAACCUCUCAGUAGAAGAGGCCAACAUACGCCGGUCGGUGCAGAAGCUCAUCGCUGCUAUAGAAAUUAUUAGGAACAGCUAAACGAGUCUUUUAGGCACAGUUUGCUUCAAUAGAAGCUGUCAAUUUAUAUUAUCAUUGAUUGAUACUGACCUGUCUUGUAUUUGGGUAUAGUCAAUCUAUCUUUGACUGCAAAGGGAACAGUUUCAGUCGAUUUUUAUCGUAAUUUAUUUACAAAAUUGACAGUUUUUAUAGUUAAAAGCAAUCUCUUCAGACCAAUAUGAUGAUUGGUUAAUUUGUUUUAUUACUUUAUGGCCAUAGUUCAGGGAAAGUCUUUGGGGAACUAGUUUUGGGGUGUCAAAAAUCAUCAACAGUACCUUUGCUACAUACACGCUGCCUAAUCUCUUGACGUACUGGAUCGUUUCAGUGCUCUCCAUAACUUCGUACUUCAUACACACAAUAUAAUUGCAUAUAAUAUAGCGUUCCCGUCUAUAAUAUGCCAAACGAAGGAAUAACGUUUAAGUUAAAAAUUGUUGACACGCAUUGGAUAUUGUUGAUCUAAUAAAACAAUUCAUUGCAAAUAUACAUAUUUUCAUUAUUUAUUGCAAUACACAA